AUGGGUAACAUGUGUGAAUAUCAUGCAAGAAAUGUAUAUAAGAAUUGAUAAUUAAAAGUUAAAUAAUGAAUAAAAUCUAUAGCCUAAGUUGUUAGCAUAACACAGAUUCCAAGACAUAGGAAUUUACUUAGAUGCAGGUGACAUCAAAAAUGAAGAAGUUGAUGUGAUUGUGGCUUAAACAGACUUAAACUUAAAGGUAAUAGUGACACCUAAUUUAGCUACCAUACUACUUGAUAAAUAACGUUUCACCUUAAACAAAAUAGCAGUUGUUAAAGUACAUUUAAUAAAUUCGGGAUAAAUAAGCAGUAUCUCAUGGUGAUGUCGUGCAUUCUCAUGCUGCAGAAGUAUCAGAACUAAUUAUUAUAAUUAGCUGGAAUUUGAUUUUGUUUUUUAUUGCGUAUUGCCAAAUGAAGAUGAUGAACCAAUGAAAUUAGCUAGAAAUCACAAUCCCAAAAACUUAAACCUGAAAUUACCAAAAAAUGCUCAUUAAAAAUAUUAGAAAUAAUUUAUUUAUGAUUGCAUGAUGACUUGUCUUAAAGUAGCAGAAGAAAUGGAAAUUACGUCAAUAUGUUUUCCUGUAAUGAAAUCAACCAAGUUCACAAUAUCUACAAUUGCAACUAUGCAAAUGAUUGCUGUUAAGAAUUUUUUAGAAGAAAAUGUUACAAAAAUAAAAUUCCUGAGCUAAGUCAGAUUUUGUAUACAAGAUGAUAAGGAUUAAGAAUUAUUCAAAUGGGCAUUUGAUAAGGUGUUUAUGGACACAGAUGAUAAUAGUGAAGCCAGUGAUGAAGAUUCACUCAAUAAUAAUAGUGGUAAUAGUGGGAGUGGUAGUGCAGGGAAUUCUUUAAGUAAAAAUGUAAUUAUACAAUUUAUAAAUGUAAGACUUUGUAUGAAUUAUAACCGACUGUAAAAAAGACAUAGCAAAAGAAUUUUGAAGAGGAUGAGUUUGUUAAGAGUUUCGGAGCUAAUUAUUAUGAUAAAUUCGAGAGUCCUUAGAGUGUUGGUAGAAAAAUAUCAAUUUGA